UUCGCGUGGUUCGUUUCUCUACCGCAGCAAACUUGUGGAUUGUCUUUUGUGCGUGUGUCUUUGACUACUGAAUUCUUUUUUAUUUUUUGUCAUCUGAGUCGUUUUCUUGGGAAGAAUAGUAAUUCUACAACCGUGUGUCUUAUUGGAGCAUUAUUUUCGUAUCUGCCGAAAGACAUAAAUAGUGUAAACUCCGAUGCCCCGCAACGAAUCCGCAGGCAAAAUGUCCGCUGCUGCUGGAGGUGUUUCUGUCGAUCGUGUCCAACCGGGACGGGUUAUGUUCGUCCUCCGGGAUGCCCUGGUGGACGACGAGCUGGUCUACCAGAUAGCGUCGCAGUGUGGCGAGGUGAAAAAUGUGCAUCGACCGCCGAACAACCGGCAGCUGGUUUUCGUCCAGUACGAGGAUCCAAGUUGUGCUGAGGUGGCUAUCGUAACGCUCAAACGUCUACCGAUCUUCCGAGCUGUCGAUCCAGCAAUAAAAUCUGAACGCUAUACCAACGACAAGUCCGGCGGCGGCGGCGGUAGCAACAACAGCAACAAUACCGACGACCAACAGCAGCGAAAUAUGAAAAAUCAGCACAACAAGGGUGGUGCCAAUCAGCAAAGGCAGCAAAGAGGUGGAAACAAUGCCAAUUACCACAACCACAACAAUAUGAACGGGCAUGGUGGUGGUGGCGGUGGAAAUGACUUCCGACACGGUAGGAAUGAUGACUUUAAUGAUGUGUCUUAUUCGUCUAUGGAGUCCGGUUCGCCGCAGAAGACGCUGGUGGGGCAAACGGACCCCUACCAACCCAAGUUCAGUCUCGGUUGCUGGUCUUGUACCAAGCUGCCCAGCUUCGAGUGCCGCUGUGGUGCCUUCUAUUGCGACGCCGAAUGCCAGCGGACCGAUUGGCCGAUCCACAAAGAUAUCUGCCUACCUCGUCUGGUUCCCAUUUCCUAUUCUAACAAGCGCAUCAUCCUGGAAGCGACCGCUUCCAAGCAAUCCUCCAUGUUCUCGAACGCUCCAUUCUCGUCGGAUCUCCAAUCGCAGCAACAGAACCAAAACAACCAUCGCGGUCAGACCAAUGCUAGAAAGAACAACAACAACAACAACAACCAAGGGAAAAAUCUGAACAAGGAUAGUCCUAGGCAACAGCAACCGAAAGCCGAUCAGCUAACUCCCAAUAGUUCGCCCGUUGAAGCGCCGGCGCCGGAUAACAAGGUCAGCCGCGUAGCCAACAAACUGCAGCGCAUGAAGAUUGCCAAAUCGGUCGUGGGAGGAGCCGCCGCCGCUGCGACGCCGGUGGCAAAGGGUGUCCUUCUACCGGGGGUGUUCCCUCGGGAAGGAUCCAUGGUCAAGAUUACCGCUUCGCUGCCAUCGGGAGUGGCUUACAUCUACCACAACAAUGGCAAGGAAGGCGGUCAACACAGUGAUUACUACCUGUUGACCAAUCGAAUGUUCAAGGCAACGGCCGAUGCAAAGCCACUAACGGAGGUCCCAUCUGUGGACGAUGUCAUCUUUGCUCCUUUCCUCGGGGGAUUCUAUCGGGCUAAGGUGCUCUCUGUCGAUGGCGAAAAGCUAGAGGUGUUCUUUGUGGACUUUGGCAAUUCCGAUACGGUACCGUGGAAGCAGUCGAGGGAGAUCGCCGACGGGGAUCUGAAGUGGGCCAAGUAUUUGACCUAUCCGGUGGUGAUGGAAGGAGUCGAUUCGUUCACCGGAGAAAUGAUCAAAUUGUUGGAGACUUUGGAACACGUGGAGGACUUCGAGCUGGUCAAGGCUGAACCGGCUCGAGGUUCGAUGUCGGUAGUCUUGAAGCGACCGAAACAAUCGCUUACGUUGAACAUGGAACUGAUAGAGCUGAAGGAGCGCGAGCUUCGGCUGAGGAAGGAACGCGAGGAACAGAAAGAGCGAGAACGGCUGGAGAAGGAGCGGGAGAAGAAGCAGGAACAGGAGAAGAAGCAGCAGCAGGAGCAGGAGAAGAAGCUGCAACAACAGCAGGAGCAAGUGCGUAAGGUGGACAAGGUGGAGGUAAAGGUUGCCGAUCCGAGCAACUAUCAGCCGGUGCUGUUCGAUGAAUCGAUGGAAACGAAGCCGCUGCCGAUGGGAGGCCCCAAAAAGCUGCUCAUAAUUGACGCCAGCGACGUGCUGGAGACGCGCAUCAUCUCGGUGGUGGCUUUCGAAGAGGUGGAAAAGUACGCAGCGGUGCUGGAGCAGUGCAAUCUGGCGGGCGGGGCGGAUUCCAACGUGUACAAACCGACCGACGAGGGUGAGGUUUGCCUGGUGCUGUACCAAGAGGAUUGGUCCCGGGCGCUGUACGACAUUUCCGACGGUAGCUUCAUGCUGCUCGACGUGGGCAUCAUCGCGAGCGUUCCGGCCGCCAAUGUGCGGCGGUUCCCGCCUGGGAUCAGUCGCGUCGUCUACAACAAUGAGGUGUUUGUGGCAAAUCUACCCAAGCUGAAGGGGAAGAUGAAAGACGGCAAACCGGAUAGCGUGCACGGGAUGCCGAUCGAUGCCAAGAUUGCCGCAUCGGAGGAUGGCCUUUCGAUUACCAUCGUCGAUUCCGUCGUUGCCGGGGAUUCUUAGAUUUGUUUUUUUUUUUUUUCGUUUUUAAUUGCGAGGCGGAGGAACCGCACUCGCGCGUUCUGCAGAGAAUUACUGUCUAUAGAUUAAGGUAUUGUACAGUUACAGAGCCAGGAUUAUUGUGAGUUUUGACCUGGUCCGGUGAGUAGCCGGGUAGUUUUUAUUUUAAAACCAAAAACAAAGUUUAGUGUCUGCAAUUGUAGCUGCUGUAACGGUUGUUCUCUUCUUUCUACUGUCUUGUUCGUGAAGAACACAGUUUCUUUCUACCUAUCAGCUACUUGUAACCUAUCAAAUGAGAAUGAAAAAAAAUUAAAAUGUAUAGCUGUAAGAAGUUCGGAUCUCCGUAAUUAACUACUUGACUCGUUUAUGGGGUGUUUACACUUAAGCUAGUUCACUAGCUCAACCAACUAGCUCGAAUUUUAGUUAUUCCUCAACUCUCAUGCUGGUAGAUGCUGACGCCCUGUUUACAUUAUCUGGGCUUGCUACAAAAUGUUGAACUUGUCCUGACUGCUGACGAUCGCGGUUCUCGUAGUCCCGAUCGUUGUUGCUGCUGAGUCGGCAUUCUAGGCAAUGCCGAUGAUGCGCUGGGUCGGUCGGUGCUGCUGCUUACGAUCUGGCUUUUGCCU